AUCGAUUGCUAUAUAAAGUUAUAAACUAAGCUCCGCCUUGCGCCGUUUUAGAGAGAGACGUCUCUUUGGCCACCAGAGGGCACUGUCUAUAUAGUUGCAGGUACGCACACGCCAAGAACACGCGACCGAGCUCUCGCUCUCUCCGCCUCUCGCCAUCCGGGAAUCCCACAAUUGACAAUCCCUUCUCCCCUCCCCGGCUCGCGUCCUGCCCAGGAAUCCCGGCGGAAAUCUCUCUUAUCCGGCGCGAGCAGCUAGCCAUGGCCGCGCGCGGCGGCGGCGGCCUGCAGGGCCCUCUCCUCGGGGCCGCCGGAGCGGUCUCGCAGCAGGACCACCCUCCCCGGGGGCGGCGGAGCGGUCGCCCGUGGACCGUGCUGGCCAUCGCCGUGGCGCUCCUGGUCCUGGCGGGCGUCCUGCUGCUCCUGAGCUCCGGCGGCGCUGGUGCUGCCAGUCGUCCCACGGUCGCCGGCGCGCGGCGGAGCCGGCACGAGGUGGAGUCCGGCGUGGGCGCCGCGGCGGCGGACGACGCGCGGUGCUCGGAGGUGGGCGCCGCGGCGCUGCGCGCGGGCGGGCACGCGGUGGACGCCGCCGUGGCCGCCGCGCUCUGCCUCGGCGUGGUGCACCCGAUGUCGAGCGGCGUCGGCGGGGGCGCCUUCGUCGUCGUCAGGGACGCCGCCUCCGGACGCGCCGUCGCCUUCGACGCCAGGGAGACCGCGCCGGCCGCGGCCACGCCGGACAUGUACGCGGCCGACCCGUCGACGAAGUACCAGGGCGCGCUCGCCAUGGGCGUCCCCGGCGAGCUUGCGGGCCUCCACGCCGCGUGGUCGCGGUACGGCCGGCUCCCCUGGCGUGACCUCGUCGCGCCGGCGAUCCGCCUGGCGCGUGACGGCUACGAGGUCGUGGCGUACGUGGCCCGCGCGCUCAAGACCAGCGAGGCCGACGUGCUCGCCGACCCCGGCCUGCGCGCCGUGUUCGCGCCGCAGGGGCGGGUGCUGGCGGCCGGCGAGACGUGCCGCAAUCCGGCUCUGGCCGACGCGCUGGAGCGCGUCGCCGAGGAGGGCGCCGCGGCGUUCUACGGCGGCGCUGUCGGGGAGGCGUUCGUCCGCGACGUCAGGGCGGCGGGCGGGAUCGUGACGGUGGACGACCUGAGGGGGUACAAGGUGGAGGUGAGCGACGCCAUGCGCGCCGACGCCAUGGGGUACAGCUUCCUCGGCAUGCCGCCGCCGUCCAGCGGCACCGUCGGGAUGGCAAUGGUGCUGAACGUCCUGGGUGGGUACAAGUCGCUCGGGUUCUUGAAGGGGUUUCUCGGCAUCCACCGGCUCAUCGAAGCGAUCAAGCACAUGCUGGCCAUUCGGAUGGGCCUCGGCGACCCUGACUUCGUCAACGUGGCCGGCGACGUCGCCCAGAUGCUGUCGCUGCCGUUCGCCGACAGGAUCCGGGGAAGGAUCGUCGACAACACGACGUUUCCUCCCGGCUACUACUUCCCAAAAUGGAGCCAGCUGGACGACCACGGCACGAGCCACCUGUGCGUGGUGGACAGCGACCGGAACGCGGUGGCGAUGACGACGACCGUGAACUACUACUUCGGCGCCAAGGUGCUGUCGCCGUCGACGGGCAUCGUGCUGAACAACGAGAUGGACGACUUCUCCAUCCCCGAGAAGCGCACGCCGGACCACCUCCCGCCCGCGCCGGCGAACUUCAUCGCGCCGGGCAAGCGGCCGCUGUCCUCCAUGACGCCACUCAUCAUACUCAAGAACGGUCAGCUCGCCGGCGUUGUUGGCGGCAGCGGCGGGACGAACAUCAUCGCCACGGUGCUCCAGGUCUUCCUGAACCACUUCGUCGUCGGCAUGGACCCUCUGGCCGCCGUCCAGCAGCCCCGGGUCUACCACAAGCUUAUCCCCAACGUGGUGACGUACGAGGACGAGACGGUGGUCUCCGGUGAGGUGAUCGCGCUCAGCGACAGGGCGAAGGCGUUCCUGGAGCAGCGGGGGCACCGGCUGCGGAGCACCGGCUCGGGCGCCGUGUGCCAGUUCAUCGUGCACGAGCUGGCGACGCCGGCCGCGUCGGGCGGCGGCGUGUUCCGCGGGAGGCUCACCGCCGUCAGCGACCCCAGGAAGGACGGCAGGCCGGCGGGGUUGUGAGGCUGGGACGCGUAGGCAAGCUGCUGCUUCCGUCGGUCACUCAUCUGUCAUCUCCUCCAUGUACAUAGGCGUCAUGCAUUGUUCUUGUCCAUUCACACGGACAGUAGACAAGAGGACAAAAUUUGUCUCUUGAUUUGUAGACCAUAUGGGGAUCAAUGAUUAAUCAUACUGCUGCGUGCCAAGAAGAAA